UUAUAUUGUAUCCGCGCAGAGUGAGCAGAGACACAAAGAAGAGAGCAGAAGCCAAAGGGAGAGACAGAGAGAAGGGAGACGGCGGGGCAUAGACUGGGCGAGCACAGGACCAGGGAGUGACUCAGGAUGCCGUCAGAGCGGCCCUUCAAGCACAGGAGAACGUUCGCUGAGCGUUGUGCAGAAGUACGUCAGAUUCGUGAGCAACAUCCCAAUAAAAUUCCGGUUAUUAUAGAGAGAUACAAGGGGGAGAAGCAGCUGCCUGUGUUGGAUAAGACGAAAUUCCUUGUUCCAGAUCAUGUGAAUAUGAGUGAGCUGGUGAAAAUCAUAAGACGCAGGCUGCAAUUGAACCCCACCCAGGCCUUCUUCCUGCUUGUGAACCAGCACAGCAUGGUGAGCGUCUCCACCCCAAUCUUGGAGACAUAUGAGCAAGAGAAGGAUGAGGAUGGUUUCCUGUACAUGGUGUAUGCCUCUCAGGAAACAUUUGGCCACUGAUGUCCUGAGGAUGCACAAACGCUCGCACGCCAACAAAAAACGUAACACAGCUAUGCACAGACAUGCUCUUGCAUAUUUACACGUGAUUUCAACCACAUUUCUUGUUUGUAGAUCAUUAUUACACAAAUACUGCCUCACAUAAAUACUGUUACACAAGCAUUCCACCUUGCUUUGGAUAUUUACACCUGCAAUGCUUAGUACCAUGUGCUCACUCUCACUUCUGCACACGCAAUCAUACCCUCUCUGCUUGUAUGUAGGAGAUCAUGCUUGCACACAAUUAAGCUUCAGUUGCUAUGCAGAAUCACCUGGUUACACAUGCACAGCAAGAAUAGAGGCGUGUGUGUAACACACAUAAUCCUAGUGUUGUUAAACUGCUUCCUGUAAUAAUUGUGCAACUGUAGAGAUAGAGGUUUUGUGACCCAUACUUGUAAGGUUGCAAAUAGGGGCGCAACAUAUUUUGGGGAAAUUUAUGGUGAUUUAGGGGCCCGAGGAUGACCCCUGAAGAUAGAGAAAGAGCUCUAUUCAUCCUCAUCAGUGGAGCUAAAGGAGUAAAGGAGGCAGUAAACCUUUGAACUUAAACAUUUGUUCUUAAAUUAAGUAACAAAAACUGAUAUCCAUUUCCCCUGUUUUACCAAUAUACAUUGAAAUUGUUCAUUAAUUAGGGCCUCUACUACCUGGGCCUCCUGCAGCCGCAGCGUCUGCUUCCUCUGUAGUUACGCUCCUGCAUUUCCCCCAUUUACAGUUUCCUGCACUUACUUCUUAUUUUGCCUCUGCUCGCACCUCUUGUUUUAAUAUUAUCCUUGAUCCUGCCACUGUUCACUGGCAAAUCCAACUAAACCAUUAACUUCCGCUGCUUGUAGAGUUUAGUAAACCGCAAGAUACAAAAGAGGAAAAAAAACAAACAACCAAUUCCCUCUGAAUUGGAGAUAGUUCUAUGUAACCGAUUCUUAAUACUUGUACAUUUUAUUACCUUCUUUUAAUCUGCCAAGUGCUGGCAAAAAUCUGAUUUUAUUGAGUGUUA